AUGCUCAGGUCGGCUUCCAGUUCAGUACGGCUCGCAGCUCUUCGUGGGCUCCGAGCCCCAUUGUCUUCAUCCCUGCCGUGUUGCAGCAGCAGCUGUCCUUCCCUGACACCAUUCCGCUCGGCACCCUUUAAUCCAGCGCAGCGUCAAACUCGCACGCUUGCUUCGCUUGCUUCGACAUCAACCGCCUCAAAUACUGAGGUGGCCGGCCAACUAGGGGGCGAGAAGCUGGACAAACGUCAUGACGCAUACUACGGAGCCUUUCCAGCACGGACACACACUUGCGGCGAGCUGCGUACCUUGCAUGAUAAGCAGCAAGUCGUGCUCACAGGCUGGCUGCAGUCAUCCCGGCAGGUAUCCAAGCAGCUCGGAUUCUUUACGAUCUUCGAUCAUACCGGCAGCAUCCAACUUAAAGUACACCGCACGGAAGCUUCGCCUCUUCUGCUCGACUCGUUUUCAUCGAUCCCGCUACAGAGCGCCAUCCUGAUCAGAGGAAAGGUAGCACGUCGCCCGACGCACGACUCGAAGGCGGAUCAGUCGACAGGAGCAAUCGAGGUGCUGCCAGAAAGCUUGACGCUGCUCAAUCCUGCGACCAAGGAUCUGCCUUUUCAGCCUUCGGACUCUAUCCAUGCCGAUGGCGUCUCAUCCGAGCUCCGGGCUCGAUACAGAUACCUUGACCUUCGACGUCCAUCGCUCGCCGAAAACAUUCGUCUGCGCAGUCGCAUCACGCAUGCCAUCCGAAACCACCUGUACGACAAUGGUUUCCUCGAGAUCGAGACCCCUGUGCUGCUCAGUUCCACACCCGAAGGCGCUCGAGAAUUCCUUGUGCCCACUCGUCUAUCCUCAUCUUCCAACGCCCAGGCAGAACCACAUUUCUACGCUCUACCUCAAUCGCCUCAGCAGCCCAAGCAGCUUUUGAUCGCUUCCGGAGUCACUGAUAAGUACUUUCAAAUCGCAAAGUGCUUCCGCGAUGAAGAUGGACGCAAAGAUCGCCAACCCGAGUUUACCCAGAUCGAUCUCGAGAUGGGUUUCGUCAGCGGUGGACCCGAAGCCGAAUCAACAUCAUCUUUGACAUGCGAUGCAGAUGCAGAUGCAGAUGCCGACGCCAGGGAUGCGCAAGGUCAUUGGAGGAUCGGAGGUCAGCAGGUGAGGGAUGUGAUCGAAGGCUUGAUAGCUCACGUCUGGAGAGCUGCUGGCAGAGGCAGUGUACCCCAUCGCUUUCCUGUCAUGUCGUACUGGACCGCCAUGACUCGCUAUGGAUCCGACAAACCAGAUCUGCGAUAUGGCUAUACGCUUCACGAUGUUUCGUCCGGCUUUAAGCCUUGCUCUGAGUCCGAUGUUGCAAAGCUCGAUGCUACGAGUGUUAGUCUCGAGAUCCUGCCGUACCAGCAUCAUGCAGCUGGUUCGCUAUCCAAGAAGGAGCUUGAGCGCCUCCUCUUACCGUUCAAAGGCAAAGUCGAACGGUUUCGCAUCUCAUCCAAGGACAACAUCCACGAACUUGCUGCGCUACUGCUCAAGAAGAGCGCGUUGACCCGGCAGUUUCUUCAGAAGGAGUUUGGGAAUGACGUUUCUGUCUCGGAGGUGGAUGUGGAGCAUCUCGCACAAACGUUGCGUGCUGCUAUCGAGGCCGAAGCGCGCUCGGACGACUCGUCUGAGCCGGUGGAUAUCUUUGUUUCGCUGCGUUCGAAUCCACCGGAAGGUGGCAGCACGCCGUUGGGUGAAGUGCGCAAACUUGUGGCUGCGUCGCUGUGUGACAAGAAGCUGCUUACCAUGUCGGGCGAUGCAUUGGCAUGGAUCACCGAGUUCCCACUGUUCACGCUAGCUGAUGACGACAAGAACGCGCUCUCGUUGCAGUGCUCGUCUUCUCGACGCUGGCAAUCGAGUCACCAUCCCUUCACUGCGCCGGUUGCGAGCGACAUCGCGAUGCUGCUCGGUGGCAAUCUCGAUGCGAGUUCGAUCGCUUCGAUCCGAGGACAGCACUACGACCUCGUCCUCAACGGCCAGGAGAUCGGCGGUGGGUCGGUUCGAAUUCACUCUCGCGCCUUGCAGCAAUGCGUCUUGGCACACAUCCUCGAGUUGACCCCCAGCGAACAAGCAAGGUUUUCUCACCUGCUGCAUGCGCUCGACUGUGGCGCCCCACCGCACGCCGGUAUCGCCCUCGGCUUCGACAGGCUCAUGGCCAUCUUGUGUCGCACAGAAAGCAUCAGAGACGUCAUCGCAUUCCCCAAACAAGGCUCUGGCAUCGACCCUCUUUUCCGAUCCCCGGCUCCCCUCACCGCUCCCGACCAAAACAAUCACCCCACACACUCCCUGUUGCGCCUCUACGGCUUGUCCAAAUCUUGA